AUGAAGCUCAUCCUCGUAGUCUUUGGCGCGUUACUCCCUCCCGGCGCGUCGGCGCCUACUACCUUUACCAACAAGCCCGACCUGCAGGACGCGGCCGACCUGUGGUGCAGCGACGAGCCGGCCGCCCUGGCUGCGCACGGCAACAUCUCGGACUGGAACGUGAGCCGCAUCACCAACAUGAACUGUCUGUUCAGCGCUUACUGCGGCGGCUCCGCGACCGGUAAGAGCACGUGCAACCCCGACAUCAGCUCGUGGGACACGUCUGCGGUUCUCUACAUGAGCGGCAUGUUCUAUGGCGCCUCCUCCUUCGACAUGGACAUCUCCUCGUGGGACACGUCUGCGGCCACCGCCAUGAGCAGCAUGUUCCACGGCGCCUCCUCCUUCGACAAGGACAUCUCCUCGUGGGACACGUCUGCGGCCACCGCCAUGAGCAGCAUGUUCCACGGCGCCUCCUCCUUCGACAAGGACAUCUCCUCGUGGGACACAUCUGCUGUCAUAUCCAUGACCGACAUGUUCGCCGGCGCCACCUCCUUCGACAAGGACAUCUCCUCGUGGAACACGUCUGCGGCUCUCUACAUGCGCUACAUGUUCCGCGGCGCCACCUCCUUCGACAAGGACCUCAGCUCGUGGGACGUGUCGGCGGCCCUCUGGAUGGACGGCAUGUUCGACGGCGCCACCUCCCUCAGCGACUGCAACAAGGCGCUCAUCCACGCAAGCUUCGUCGCACAGACGAGCGCGUGGGAAUACUCGUGGGGCUCGCUUGCGUGCCCUCCCUCGCCGCCGGCCUCGCCGCCUCCAUCGGCCUCGACUUCUCCGCCGCCGCCGCUGUCCGCCUCGACGUCGCCGCCGCCGCCUCUGCCGCCGCCUCCCACCGCCUUGCCUGCGCCGCCGCCGUCCGCCUCGCCCUCGCCGCCGCCGCUGUCCGCGUCGCCCUCGCCGGGGCUAGCGGCUAGAGACAGCGUCCUAUCUCCUAAUCUACAAUCCGAGGGUUAA